AUGAUGCGGCGGAUUUGCGGCUAUUUGCACCAGUCUUCAGCUACGCUCAGCUCUGUCCUGUGUCUGAAACCGUACUUAGGCUUCUGCUUUGGGUGCUGCUGUAGCCAUGGCCACCACUCUUGCCCUCUGUGUAGUGAGUAGUGCUGUGCUGUACGCACAACUGAAGGAUAAACCGCUGGACUCGGUCUUGGAAUCACCGCUUGAUCAACCUCCAUUGGUGUUGGCGAAUGCCGUACUCACCCUGGCAUGCUCGACGCUGGUUGUCCUGAAGGUUUUCUGCCGGCUGGUGUACGCCACGGACCCCCUUGAGGUCACUUGGACUUUCAUCCGCGGAUUUUUCGGACAGGAGAAGGGAAGAGGCAUCAAGGUAGACAGCUGGAUCACGGAGUACAACCGACUCCACGACGACAACGAAUCGAGCGUGGAAGAGAGAGAGGGGAGCUACGCCAAGCUGGUAAACGCGUACUACGAGCUUGCUACUCUGUUCUAUGAAUGGGGCUGGGGAAGCUCGUUCCACUUUGCGAGCAGGUGGCGCGACGAGAGCUUCCGGGACUCCAUCAAGCGACACGAGUACUACCUGGGCGGUCGGCUGGGUGUCAGCCGCGGCGCUAAGGUCCUGGACUGCGGCUGCGGCAUCGGUGGGCCGUACCGCAACAUCGCUCGGUUCACAGGCGCGGACAUUACUGGAAUUACGAUCAACGAGUACCAGGUGAAGAGAGGAAACGAGAUGAACAAGAAGAUGGGCAUCGACCAACAGUGCCGAUCCAUUCAGGGGGAUUUCAUGAAGUUGCCGUUCGAGGAUAACUCUUUCGAUGGUGUGUACGCCAUCGAAGCCACCUGCCACGCGCCGCAGAGGGAGGGCGUGUACAGCGAGAUCUACCGCGUGCUCAAGCCGGGAUGCGUGUUCGCGUGUUACGAGUGGUGCCUCACGGACAAGUUUGACGCCAGUAAUGACAAGCACCGGUUGAUCAAGAAGCAGAUCGAGGAGGGGGACGGGCUUCCUGACAUGAUCACCCCUCCGGAGGUCGACUCAGCCCUCAAGGCGUCGGGCUUCGAGAUCCUGGAGACGAGGGACGCCGCGCUCGACCCCAACCCGGGAGGAAUCCCGUGGUACCGACCCCUCACGCCUAGCUGGAACGUCUUCACGCAAAGGUUUCAGUUCAACUGGCUAGGGAUGCGGCUGACGAAAGCGGCCCUGUACGUGAUGGAGAUGUUUUAUCUUGCACCGGCGGGAACGAACAAAGUGCAGGCCAUGCUGCAGGCCGGGGGCAUGGGCUGCGCGCAGGGCGGCCUCACCGGGACUUUCACACCCAUGUACCUUGCGGUCUGUCGCAAACCUCUGUAGGCUUGAACAUGUUGGUCUUUGAUGCGUACCAGUCUACCUUCAUGGUUUUCACGUUGUUUGCUCUCAACACGCGGAGGAGUAGUACGAUGCGGGUUGUCAAAAUUUGGUUUGUGGAGGAGAACUUGGCGCCGCCCGAACGAAAGAGAAAGCUCUUUCGGCGUGGUAAUGCCGCGCAAUGCUGCAGAUACAUUGCUUUUGGGCGGGCGGCCCUUGUUUCAUGGUGUCCCAUGUCGCAGCCGUGUGGACGAGCAAGUGUCAGCGCCAUUUGAGGAGUGAGUGCCGUGCUUGGGCUUUCAGGUGGAACCAUAUUCACCGCACUGACGACUGCAUCACGGAAGGUGCUCGGUGUCGUACAGGUGUCAGGCCUUGGGUAGCCCCGGUCUUGAGUCACAAGCACAUUGAUUGCAAGUACUCAAGCUAGUGGCUGCGUUUCUUGUGUUUAGUUAUUGAAAGCGGCUUCACCACCCGGAGCCAAAUCAAGUGAUGCACCUGAUUGUGUAGCGCACCGUCGGUUGCUCUUUAUUCUUCCAUUUCUUCCAAGCGCAAGUGGGAUUAACCAAGACUAGCGACAACAUGCUACAAAAUAUGCUCGAAGCAGGGUCCCUUACAGGACGGGGGCUGUCAUGCUCCGCCCUCUCGCUCACCAGCGUCGCGCUUGAUCGUUCACCGCGGGGGGUAGUUGAAGGGUCACAACUGAUCCCUCUAGAUGGGGAGGGGCAACAAACAAAACGCAGGUUGUGAAAAGUGUACACAAAUCGGGGGCAGAUUCCGCGCACGAAAAAAACGAUCAACCCCGCACCAGGUCCAACCUUGUAGGAAUUCUCCCCCCUCCCCCCCCCGCAGACAAUCAGACGAUCUUCCCCACCAAUGCAAGUACUUUGCGUUUCGGAACAAACCGUGUUAAAAGUACAAAUUAUAGGUACGUUUUGAAUGCCGUAGGCACGCACACAGCAUAAGCUCUCUCGCCACCCUCAAGCCUUGAAAUUAGUAUGUGCUCAGCCGCUACAUACAGACUACGACAGAGAGAAUAUCCACAAAAUCUUGGACAAAAAAGGAACAUGCUCUCCUGAGCACAUGCACAAGCACGUAGGCAACGAGUAAUAUAAGAAGCAGGAGACGGAAACAAAGACUUCAGCACGGUUAAGCUAGCGGGCUGCACCGUCCCCGCUGCCAACUGCUUCAGUGUUGUGUAAAAAGGGGGGGAAGAAGCGAGGACUCGCUUAGAAAGGAAGGAUGAGGAUACUAGAUGAACGGGGUUCUCGGCAUUUUAAUUAGAACAUAGCUCGGGAAAUGUAAAACAGAAGCCUCCAAAAAUAAACCACUGCUGCUGUUUGCGAGAUCUGCCCCCCCCUCCUCACCCGUAACUGGCCAUAUACAACAUUCACAAGAUCGAUACAGCAGCCCUUCCAUGUCUACGACUUCUGUUUUCUACCAACACGCUGCCAACGCCGCGGCAACUAGCAGAUGGAUACAUGCUCCCCGAACCCUACUUGAGCUGCAAAAUUCAAUCUCACGCAUACAUGAAGCUGUGAUGACGCAAACCUAAUUAGAACAGGACGCAGCAGUGCAUGGGCCGCUGCCUCUCUUGUGUCUCCUCUCGUGCGACGGGCUGGCCGUUUGACUUAAAAACAAUCUUGAUUGAGGCACUGUAGUUGAAACGUGAGGGGUGGGGCAAGGCCCAAGGAAAAUACGAGUACACGAGAAACGCCUUGACUUGACUGCAAGCAAAACGAAACUAAAACCAUCCACAACUGUAGGACAUUUGACAAUAUCACAAAACAAAUCCAGCCUGUAGUUGAGACAGCAGCAUCGGCGUUAUAUUCAAACAACCAUCAAGACGAAUAUCCAAAGAUCGACGAAGACAAGGAAGAACCAUCAACCACUCUAUCUCGUCUCGAGAACCAAUUCCAACGAAGCUCAACAAGAGGCAGCAUUCACUCUCCCUGAACAGCAAUCGAAAAACGAUCCAAAAUACCAAUUGAAGUGGAUCACGGGGUAAAACUUGGGAACAUUGGGACAUAACCCAACACACAACACGACGGGAUAUGCUUUAAAAUGAAGAGCCUGCCAACCCCACGGUAACGUAUGCAUACUACCAACAAGACGGACGAAACAAGAACAGUUGCGAUAAAAACCAACGACACCCUCCUACCCAGCGCCAAGAUGGCGGAAAUGCGACACGUGUACACCACAAAAACCAGAGAAGGAGGGACACUCCAGCCGACGCGCCACUCUAGAAAACACCACAGACACGAAUCAAUGUCCGCGACGGGAAAGAGGAGCGGCUCUAGACGAGCGGGUGCUCGAAAUCAACGGGCCGACAGGAUCGGCACAGCACAGGGCGCAGAAUUUCUUCUGCUGCGGUUGUCCCGAUUUUUCGCCCGUUCUUCUCAAAGCCCAAGGGCCAAAGCCGUCCACUCAUUCCCGUGUUUGCGGGAACGAAAACUCGUAAGCGCCCCCGUCACCCAUCCCUUGGCCGCGGACGUGCACCCCUCUGCGCAUCUCCAGGUGCGGAUCGCCAACAGCCGUGGCGCGGGCUGCCGAGCCGCUCACCGCUGCAGACCCGCCGGUUGCCUCCUGGUCUGGGAACGACCUGAGGCUGUUUCUUGACACGCCUGCUCCCAGCACGCGAGAAGGGUCGUCGUCGGCGACAUUGUCAUGUGCACGGCCACCCCAGACUCCUGGGCUGCUCGCGGACACUCCUCCCGCACGGAUCGUAGCACUUCCAGUGCUGCUCACGACGUCCGUGCCUGGGGUCUCUGGGUCUAAGACUUGCACGCCGCGGAGCCCCCGAGGCUUCCCGUCGCCGUCGCUGUUUUCGCUUCCAGACGAGUCGAAUACGCUGCUCUGCCCGGGUUCCCAGGUUCGCCGGGUUUCUGCCGGUUCGAUGAUGCCUGCGCCACCACCAGCGCUGCUGCCUGCCGUGGGUGUCACAGAAAGCAACAAGUUUCUCCUUAAAAAGGAAAACCAAGCGCUCGGCC